UGAAUAUUUGAGAUAUAUUUCUGGACACCGUUGGCAUAAUUAGCGAUGGGGAGAAAAAGGGACCUGACAAAUGUGGUUAAAUCAGGGCCUGGACGAAAGACAAAAAAGCAGAAACCACCUCAGCUUCCAGGCGCUUUAAAAAAUGCAGAUGCUGAUGAUUCUGAAAAGAAGUUGUCAAGCAGGCAGAAACAACGAGCAAAGAAAAGAUUACAGAAACAACAGGAGAAAAUAGAAACAAAGAAAAAGAAAAAAGAGGAAAAAUUACAACAAAGAAACAAAAAAGAGAAUGAGAAGCCUGGAAAGUUUGCAAGGGCUCCUGUUGUUAACAAGAAAAGGAAAAUGGAAGAAAGUGAAAGUGAAGAAGAAAGUGACGAUGAUGAGGUAGAUGAUGAUGAGGAUGAUGAAGACGAUAGUGCUGAGGAGGAGAUGAAGCCUGUCAAGGGGUACUCGGAUGAUAAUAAAGCCUGGUUAAAACCAUCAACUAAACAAAAGUUAAUGGAUUCAGAUGAGUCAGAAGAUGAUGAUGAUGAAGAUGAGGAAAGCGAUGGCGUGGCAGGAGAUGACUAUGAUGAUUUGGGAUUAUCAGAUGAUGAUGAUGAUGAUGACGAGAGUGAAGAUGACAGCGAGGAAAGUGGGGAUGAAGAUCUGUUACCUGUAGAAAAGAAAGCCAAAAAACUUGAAAAGAAGAGAGAGAAAAACAAAGAACUUGCUGAAGCAGAACUGCAGACAAACAUCACAGACAUGGAGAAAUACACAUUGCCUAGUGGUCAGGAGGUGGAAAAGGAAGCUUCUCAAGCACCAGAUAUUGCUAUGGUACAGCAAAGGAUCAAGGAAGUGAUGCAUGUCCUGGCAGACUUCAAAGAUCGCCGUGAGCCUGGCAGGUCUCGCCAGGAAUAUGUGCGACAGCUGAGGUCGGAUUUCUGUACUUACUACAGCUAUAAUGAAUAUCUCAUGGAAAAGAUUAUGACUUUGUUCCCUCUAGAGGUUCAGGAAUUUUUGGAGGCAAAUGAAGUACCAAGGCCAGUGACAAUCAGAACUAACACACUAAAGACUCGCAGGCGAGAUCUUGCACAGGCUCUGAUCAACCGGGGAGUCAACCUUGAUCCCAUUGGUAAAUGGUCCAAGGUUGGUUUGAUUGUGUUUGAUGCACAGGUACCCCUAGGAGCAACCCCGGAGUACCUGGCUGGACAUUACAUCCUUCAGGGUGGAUCCAGUUUCCUGCCUGUCAUGGCACUUGCCCCCCAGGAAAGUGAGAGAAUACUGGACAUGGCCUCUGCCCCAGGUGGAAAGACUACCUACAUUGCUGCCUUGAUGAAAAAUACGGGAACAAUAUUUGCCAAUGAUGCUAAUGCAGACCGAGCAAAGGCCAUUGUAGGCAAUAUCCAUAGAAUGGGCAUCACAAACACCAUUGUGUGUCACCAUGAUGGACGUGUGUUCCCAAAGAUAAUGAAAGGAUUUGACAGAGUUCUGUUGGAUGCACCGUGUAGUGGAACAGGGGUCAUUUCCAAGGACGUAGCAGUUAAAAUGAACAAGGAUGAGAAGGAUAUCCUUCGUUGUGCACAUCUACAGAAGGAGCUAUUAUUGUCUGCCAUUGACUGCUGUGAUGCCAACUCAAAAACUGGAGGAUAUAUAGUCUACUCAACAUGUUCUGUACUGACAGAAGAGAACGAGGCAGUGAUUGACUACGCAUUGAAGAAAAGGAAUGUGAAGCUAGUUCCAACAGGCCUUGACUUUGGCAGGGAAGGAUUUGUAAAUUUCCAGCAAAACAGAUUCCAUCCCCAUAUGAAACUUACGAGAAGAUUCUACCCACAUACACACAACAUGGAUGGAUUUUUUGUGGCAAAAUUCAAGAAAUUUUCAAAUAAAAUUCCUGGUACAGGUGGCACUGCAACUGAUGCUGAAGCAGAAGAUGAAAGUUCAAAGGUCAUGGAUAAUAAUAGCCCAAAGAAGGCUAAAAAACAAAGUGAAAAUGUGAAAAACUCUUCCAACAAGGACAGUGAUGAUGAUGAUGAGGAGGAGGAGGAAACAAAAAUAAAUCAGAAAGGCAAAUCCAAAAAUAAAUGGUUAGGCAAAAAGUCCAACAAAAAGAAAUUUAAACCUGGACAGUUCAAGAAAUUCAAACCUAAUUCUAAAUCAGCUGGAAAGUGAAACAUGUGAAGUUAAAAUAAUUUCUGUACAAUUAAUGUUAAUGGUUGUCAUGAUGUGGGUCAGGGGUUAUCAAUCAUGCUUGGAAAAUUUGGUUGGACAUUUUCAUGUUGAGAUGUCAGCUGGUGUCAUCCAAGUACCUUGUAUCUGAAAGUGUCACAGAAUUUUGUUUAUGUCAACUUUGAUUUGGAAUGAGAUCAAGUGUAAUGAAAUGGAUUCUAAUUGACAUGACCAUGCAAAUGAAGUAUAAAGUGCAUUUUCUCAACAAUUUUAGUGAUAUUCAUAUACAUGUUGAAAUUCAUUGUUGAAAUUAAAUUUUUUUGAGAAA